UAUUACCAAAGGAGUUUGUGCUUCCGACUCCUCUUUAAUCCUUCUACGCUUCUGGAAUUGGAGGAGUCGACGAUAACGAAGCUAAACACAGUGUGUGGCUACGAAUUCACCUCAAAAUUCCACCGCAUGUAUGCGGACAUUCAACUAGCCGAAGGGAUGAAUAACAAUUUUCGCACACAUCUUCGCGAAAAGGGUCUCUCUUUCCCCUUCUCACACCACUGCCACGUGCUCACUGCAAGUUUUUUUCUUGAUAAUACCGCUUGUGUUGACGCUCUGACAUUAUCCAUCUCUACGUUGGGCACAAGCUAUGGAGGAUUUGCUGAGUUGAGCGACUUCUUAAGGCAAUUCGAGGCUUUUUACUCUACGUCCUACACUGGGCGUAACUUACGCUGGGUGUUGUCUUCCUGCACCGCGGAAGUUCGUCUUCUUUACGCCGAUCGACCCUACUCUCUUGUCAUGACGGCGCUGCAUGCAGCCACCAUGAUGCUCUUCGAGGCUCGCGAUGUUGACCAUAUGACUCUGAGCGCUCUGCAAACUGGUCUUCUGGGCGAUGCGGGCGCUGCAGCUGUUGCUGCCGCCGAGGCUGGGGGUCAUGAAACCCAGUCAUCUUCAGAGGACAUCAUGAAAAAGGCCGUGGCGCCCUUGCUUGAAGCGGGCUUCCUUCGGCUGUUAUCUUCUGAUGGACUUAAUCCCACCACUGUCUUCGAGGAUGACGCGAUUGUGGCACUAAACCGGGGUUUUACAAGUCGUCACACCAAAUUGAAGUUUAUAUAUUCUCCCCAGACUCUUUUAAACACUGCGACGGGACUUAAGACGUGCCAACACACUGACCUUGUUAAGGGUAUUAUUAAGUUGUCUAAGGGACGUUUCCAACCCCACAUCUCUCUCAUCAAACGCUGCAUUGAAACGCUGAUUGAAAAGGGUUAUCUUGAACGCAAUCCUAAUGACCCAGACCAGUACAACUAUAUGGCAUGA